AUGAAUGUUCUAGCCUGGAAUUGUCGUGGAAUCGGCAACGACUCCGCGGUGCAAGCUUUGAAGCAAUUGAUCACCCAACAUCGUCCAUCUUUUAUCUUUUUGAGCGAGACAAAGGUCUCUGAUCCGGAUUACAUGAGAACGCUGAGACUGGAGCUAGGUUAUCUCAACUGUGAAGCUGUUUUUAGCCGGGGCCAGUCCGGUGGUCUGGCAUUGUUUUGGAGUGAUGGAAUUGAUGUUAGGUUUCAGUCAAAGUCACAUCAUCACAUUGAUGUUGAAGUCUGGGAAAGAGAUGGUUCUGGGAUUGCUUGGAGACUAUCGGGUUUCUAUGGACACCCGACAACCAGUGAGCGUCACCGGACCUGGACGCUCCUUCGUGAGCUCUCUACGCAGUCUGCGCUUCCAUGGAUUGUGGUGGGUGAUUUUAAUGAAGUUCUGCAUGUGGCAGAGAAAGCUGGGGGCUGUGUACGUCGUGAAGGACAGAUGCAACAGUUUCGUGAUGCUCUUGCCUUCUGCGACUUAUUUGAUCUGGGUUUCUCAGGCUCGGCUUUUACCUGGAGUAGGGCUGGCAUUAGAUGCCGGCUAGAUAGGGCAGUGGGGACGGCAUCCUGGACGGAUAUAUUCCCAGCUGCUCAGGUUUCUAAUCUAAAACCUAUUCAUGGUGAUCAUGUUCCCAUCCUCUUGGGGGUGUACCCGUCUCCCCUAGCCACUGUUCAACGUCGGCGUAAACGCUUCCGUUUUGAGAGCUUCUGGGUAAGGCAUGAAGCUUGUGCAGAGGUAGUGAAAUCUGGUUGGGUGUGUGAGCCACGGAACCAACCUAUGUCCCAAGUUUCUCGGAAGAUUAUGCAUACGCGUUUCGCCCUUAAUGAUUGGUAG